GAACCGAUACAUUCACCUCCACACUGUAAAUCUAAGGUUUGGCAACACUAUGAAUUUUAUACGAGAAACGGACAUCUUGAAAAGGCAAAUGCGAUUUGUAAAGUGUGCCACGCUGCUGUCAAAUACAAUGGAACCAGGAUUAACUUUAUAACUCACUUUAAACGGCACAUGGAAACGUGGAGAUGCCAAUCAGUUCACCGUCUUCAGAGCCAGAUUCACGUCGUUCUUCUUCCUUCAGUUCCACACAUGAAGUACAGGUACCAGGAUGAGGAGACGCCCCCCUUGGAGCACAGCCCAGCACAUCUGGCUCCAGGGAAAAGUGCAGAGAUGCUUCACAUGAGUGACAAGAACCUCGCUGCCAUGGAGGCCAUACACGGCUACACGCCACACACGCAUAUCUCUCCUGUCAAGCCUGUGUUGAUGUCCACGGGACACACUCCAAUGUACACCUCCGCAGUUUCCACACUGGGAAACACUCCUCCAGUGGUGGUGAACACUGACACACUUGAUGGCUCGCCAUAUGUAAAUGGGACAGAAGGAGAAAUUGAGUAUGAAGAAAUCACAUUGGAAAGAGGCAACUCGGGCCUGGGUUUCAGCAUAGCAGGGGGUACUGACAACCCUCACGUCGGGGACGACCCCAGUAUCUUCAUCACCAAAAUUAUACCGGGAGGAGCCGCGGCUCAGGACGGACGACUCAGCGUGAACGACUGCAUCCUCUUUGUGAAUGAUGUUGAUGUGAGGGAGGUGACACACAGCCAAGCUGUAGAGGCCCUGAAGGAGGCAGGUGCUAUUGUCCGCCUCUAUGUUCUCCGCAGAAAACCAGCAGCAGAAAAAGUCACCGAAAUCAAACUAAUCAAAGGGCCUAAAGGAUUAGGCUUCAGCAUUGCCGGAGGGGUGGGAAACCAGCACAUACCGGGAGAUAACAGCAUCUACGUCACCAAGAUCAUCGAAGGCGGGGCGGCUCACAAAGACGGCCGCCUGCAGAUCGGGGACAAAAUCUUAGCGGUGAACAACGUGUGUCUGGAGGAUGUGAUGCAUGAGGACGCGGUGGGAGCUUUGAAGAACACAGCUGAGGUGGUGUACCUCAGGGUGGCCAAGCCAAACAACCUCUUUCUGACAAACUCCUACAACCCACCAGACCUCACCAGCACAUAUUCCCAUAUGGAUACUGAACUUAGCCACCCCAACUAUCUUGGAUCAGAUUACCCACAAGCCCUCACCCCCACCUCGCCGAGUCGCUUUUCUCCUGUCCUGCACGGCCUGAUGGGAGAUGACGACAUACCCAGAGAGCCUCGCAGAGUCUUGAUUCACCGAGGCUCUACGGGUCUGGGCUUCAACAUUGUAGGGGGAGAGGAUGGAGAGGGCAUAUUUAUCUCCUUCAUCCUGGCAGGAGGGCCGGCCGACCUCAGCGGGGAGCUUCACAAGGGCGAUCAGAUCCUUAGUGUGAACGGCGUGGAUUUGCGCAUGGCCACGCAUGAGCAGGCUGCCGCGGCUCUGAAGAACGCUGGCCAGACCGUAACCAUCAUCGCUCAGUACAGGCCCGAAGAGUACAGCCGUUUUGAAGCUAAAAUCCAUGACUUGCGGGAACAGCUGAUGAACAGCAGUAUGGGCUCUGGGACCACAACACUAAGGAGUAACCCAAAGAGAGGCUUCUACAUCAGGGCUCUUUUUGACUACGACAAGACGGCGGACUGCGGUUUCCUCAGUCAAGCCCUGGGCUUCAAGUUUGGGGACGUCCUGCAUGUGUUGGACUGCGGCGAUGAAGAGUGGUGGCAGGCCCGGAAGGUCAGCCCGCAGAACGAGGCCGAGGAGGUCGGCUUCAUCCCCAGCAAACACAGGGUGGAGAGAAAAGAGUGGUCUCGUGUUAACACCAAAGAGAGGGACCACGGUCGGGACAGCGUGGGCACCCAAGGGAGAGAUAAAACCCCACACAGUUAUGAGACGGUUACUCAAGUGGAAGUACAUUACGCAAGGCCGAUCAUCAUUCUGGGUCCGGUGAAGGACAGGAUAAAUGACGACCUGUUGUCUGAGUUCCCUGAUAAGUUCGGCUCCUGUGUCCCUCACACGACGCGGCCUAAGAGGGAUUACGAGGUGGACGGGCGAGACUAUCAUUUUGUGUCCUCCAGGGAACAGAUGGAAAAGGACAUCCAGAGCCACCGGUUCAUCGAAGCCGGGCAGUACAACAGUCAUCUGUACGGCACCAGCGUGCAGAGCGUCCGAGAGGUGGCCGAGCAACAGGGAAAGCACUGCAUCCUGGAUGUUUCGGCUAACGCUGUGCGUAGACUACAAGCUGCUCAACUUCACCCCAUCGCAAUCUUUGUCCGGCCCAAGUCACUGGAGAACGUUUUAGAAAUCAACACCCGGCUGACGGAGGAGCAGGCCAGGAAAGCAAUGGACCGAGCCCUCAAACUAGAACAGGACUUCAUCGAGUGCUUCUCAGCCGUCGUGGAAGGGGAGAGCUUUGAAGAGGUUUAUCACAAAGUAAAGACAGUGAUCGAAGAGCAAUCGGGGCCUUACAUCUGGAUCCCCACUCGGGAGAGGCUGUGAUGCUGCGACCGACCCGACCCGCCCUCGCCUCCCGACCCUCACAGCCACAGACCGCCGCCGCCAUUCACCCGUCACAGCCGAGCCAGCCUCGCCUGCCUUCCCGUCCGUCCUCCCGUCCUCCAGCGAAGUCCGUGCUUAGGCGACCGCCGCUUAACGACACAGAGAGACUAAACGCCUGCAACGAGCGGGAAAGCACGGGAAAACGACACCGCGAGGCAAGUAAGGAUACCAAAAAGGAGACUUUUUUUAAGAAAAAAAACAAAAACAAAAAACAAGGCGAACAAGCUUAUGUUGUGAGUUCAACUGAACGAGAUCGGGAGAAAAGAUUUUAGUGUAAUUUUACUUUACCAUUUAGGAUCAGUUGGUAUUUAGCAUUAAAAUGAGCGCUGGAUUUAAACAGUGGCUUCACCAGACGAAAUUGGCCAAAAAUGAACUCGCAUUCAACAAAAAAAAUCCAGUUUAAUGUUUCGGCCAUUGAAAAUCCACAUGCAGACGGCCACUUCAGGCAGAUUUUAACUGCAUUUUGAUCCUGUGUGUGAGCUGCGGUCCAUGUUCUGUGGAUUUCGAAAGAGUGUAGAUGUGUCUGAGUAGACUUUGGAGUAAAGCAGAGGGUAGACCUCAACUUCUCUGCCUAUCUCAAGUCUCCUGCCCCACACUAGGCACUUCUACGUGACGGUGAUCCCCGGGAUGGAGAUGCUAACAAAAGAGCCUUUUAGCAUCUCUCUUUUUUUUCUUCUUUUUUUUUAAACGACCUCCUAGCGUCUUUGGAGAAUACUUCAGAUUCUAGCGAGGCCCGCUCCCUUGACCAGGAGUCUUCUCUCAGCACUUUUUGUCAACCUCUUCUUGGUUCUUGGUGCACACUUGAAACAACAUCUCUGUAACCAAGACAAACAUUUCUUCUGUUGCCCAUUUUAAAUAUUGUGAGGCAGAUUUUCGAGGCGUUGCAGUUAAGUUCGAUUAAAAACUCAUUAUAAGCUGAAGCAUGCAUCUUCACUGAUGGAGUUAUCAGAGAAAAACAGAGGAAAGAAAAAAAAAAUC